AUGUCCAAUUCACCAAAAAAAAGAAAAGCCGAUGAAUCUUUAGAAUUAGAUUUAGAGGACGACGAUUAUGUACCGUAUGUUCCUAUUAAGCAAAGACGUGAAGCAAAGCUUCAAAAACUUGCUAGCCAAAGACGCAUUCCAGAGCCACAAAAGGAUAAAGAGGUUGAAGAGGAAGAGGAAGAUUCACAUAAAGCUGGUCCCAAAGCUAAUAUCAGUCUUAUAGAUCAAGCAGUUGAAGUUAAAAAACAAAAACGAAUAGAAGAUGCUUUCAAAACUGACGCAGAAAAGAAAUUAGAGGAAGAAAAGGCAAUUAUGGAAGCUGUUACUCAGAAAAAGCUUUUGGCAUCAGAUCGUGAACUUGCCAAAGGAAUAAUUUAUACAGAACCUAUGAAGACAUCAUGGAGACCACCUAGGCAUAUCAGAGAAAGGUCACAAAGCGAGCACGAAGAUAUUCAACAAAGAUAUCAUAUUUUUGUUGAAGGUGAAGAUGUUCCUCCACCAAUUAAACAUUUUAGGGAUAUGAAAUUUCCUUCUGCUAUAUUAAAAUAUUUAAAAUCUAAAGGUAUUAACAGACCAACACCAAUUCAGGUUCAAGGCCUUCCAGUUGUAUUAUCUGGAAGAGAUAUGAUUGGAAUCGCGUUUACUGGAUCUGGUAAAACCUUGGCUUUUUCGCUUCCAUUAAUUAUGCUUGCAUUGGAAGAUGAAAUGAAACUUCCAUAUACUAGAGGUGAAGGUCCUACAGGGAUGAUAAUAUGUCCAUCACGUGAAUUGGCAAGGCAAACAUUUGAAGGAAUAUGUUCCAUGAUUGAAUUUUUGGCAAAUAAUGGUUUUGCAAAGUUACGUACAUUAUUAUGUAUUGGUGGAAUCUCAAUGUCAGAUCAACAAUAUACAUUAUCCGAAGGAAUUCAUAUAGUGGUUGCUACACCUGGAAGAUUAAAAGAUAUGUUGGAAAAAAAGAAAUUCAAUUUAAACAUUUGCAAAUAUUUGUGUUUGGAUGAAGCUGAUCGUAUGAUUGACAUGGGGUUUGAGGAUGAUGUUAGAUUAAUAAUGUCAUACUUUACAAGCCAACGACAAACUUUGUUAUAUUCAGCUACAAUGCCAAAGAAAAUCCAAGAUUUUGCAAGAUCUGCUUUGGUUAAACCAGUAAUUGUAAAUGUUGGUAGAGCAGGUGCGGCAAAUUUGGAUGUAAUUCAAGAGGUUGAAUAUGUUAAACCAGAGGCCAAAAUGGUUUAUCUUUUAGAAUGUCUACAAAAAACGCCGCCUCCGGUGCUUGUUUUUGCAGAGAAUAAACAUGACGUUGAUGAUAUCCAUGAGUAUCUUUUAUUGAAAGGUGUUGAGGCUGUGGCAAUUCAUGGGGGGAAAAGUCAAGAUGAACGCGAAUAUGCAAUCAGGGCUUUCAAAAGUUAUAAAAAAGAUGUUUUAGUUGCUUCUGAUGUUGUCUCAAAAGGGUUAGAUUUUCCUGAUAUACAACAUGUUAUUAACUAUGAUAUGCCUAAAGAAAUUGAAAAUUAUGUACAUAGAAUUGGUCGUACUGGACGUUCUGGCAAAACAGGAGUUGCUACAACUUUUAUCAAUAUGAAUUGUUCAGAACAAAUUUUACUUGAUUUGAAACAUUUAUUAAAAGAAGCUAAACAACGAGUUCCUCCAGUACUUGAGGUUUUAGAAGACCCGACAGAAAAAUUCAAAGAUUUAACUGGAGGUUGUAGUUUUUGUGGUGGACUUGGACAUCGUAUCACCGAUUCUGCGUAA